AUGGGCCGCAGAGCAAAGUAUUUGACAUUAGAGGCGAAGUUGACAGCUGCAAAGUGUCACAAAGCAUCUUAUUGUCAGUCAGAACGGCAAGUAUUCCAGCUAGGUAAAAUUACUCGCAAAGCUCAGAACGCCCGUGCCUACGUCAAGCACCGUGGACGACGCGGACCUCGUACAACCAUUAGCGAGCUGCCUGACUCUCUGACAUCCUCCCUCCUUCAAUUCGCGACUCUUCCUCUUCCUGACUCCUACCUCUUUCACCAAUCCUGUGCUGGUUCCGACUUAAUUGACGAAUCUGAUCUCUCACAGUGGGACCAACCCCCUCCUUAUGAUCAUCCAGUUCCACCUGACUCGCCAGAGGAAGCGCGAUUCACGGAGAACCUUGUCGAUGUGAUGCAUGGACGGCGGGAGAAACUUCCAGGAUUCUUAUGGAGAUUCGAGAGGCGGAGAAGGGGUUGGUUGCAGCCUGGGACGGGCUUCGUGUUCGUGUCGCCAACUUGCAUGAAUGCUCAAGACAUAAGCUCGUGGCCAAUUGUUACCUGCAGGGGGUAG